CCUCCACAGACUCUUUCUUCUCUCCUGGCAAAUCCUCUCCAAGCAGAGAGAAAGAAAGGGCAAAUGGCAAAUGCUUUCCCAUUCUCUCUUCACUUUCUUUUCCUUCUAUCUCUCUUAACCUUAACCUUCGUCUUCUCCUCUCCUGUCCAAGAGCCCGAAGCGAUCGUUUAUGAAGUUCAAAGGAGUGUGAACGCAUCGAGGAGGAAUUUGGGUUACCUUUCAUGCGGGACGGGCAACCCGAUGGAUGACUGCUGGCGGUGCGACCCCAGCUGGGAGAAGAACCGCCGCCGGCUGGCCGACUGCGCCAUCGGCUUCGGCCGCGACGCCAUUGGGGGUCGCGACGGCCGAAUCUACGUGGUCACCGACUCGGGCGACGACGACCCCGUCAACCCCCGGCCAGGCACUCUUCGGUACGCCGUCAUCCAGGACGAGCCGCUCUGGAUCAUCUUCAAGCGCGACAUGGUCAUCCGGCUGAAGGAGGAGCUCAUCAUGAACUCCUUCAAGACCAUCGACGGCCGUGGUGCCAGCGUCCACAUCGCCGGCGGCCCCUGCAUCACGAUCCAGUACGUCUCCAACAUCAUCAUCCACGGCAUCCACAUCCACGACUGCAAGCAGGGCGGCAACACUAUGGUGCGGAGCAACCCACGGCACUUCGGCUGGAGAACCUUGUCGGACGGUGACGGAGUGUCCAUCUUCGGCGGCAGCCACGUCUGGAUUGAUCACUGCUCCCUGUCCAACUGCCGCGACGGGCUGAUCGACGCCAUCAUGGGGUCCACCGCCAUCACCAUCUCAAACAAUUACAUGACCCACCAUAACAAGGUCAUGCUGCUGGGGCACAGCGACUCUUACUCCGCCGACAAGAGCAUGCAGGUCACCAUUGCCUACAAUCACUUUGGGGAAGGUCUCGUCCAAAGGAUGCCCCGGUGUCGACAUGGAUACUUCCACGUCGUGAACAACGACUACACCCACUGGGAAAUGUAUGCGAUCGGGGGGAGUGCUUCGCCCACCAUCAACAGCCAAGGCAACCGGUUUCUUGCACCCGACAUUAGAUUCAGUAAAGAGGUGACGAAGCACGAGGAUGCGCCAGAGAGUGAAUGGAAGAGCUGGAACUGGAGAUCGGAGGGAGACUUGAUGCUGAACGGAGCCUAUUUUACGCCGUCCGGCGCCGGAGCCUCUUCAAGCUAUUCCAGGGCUUCAAGCCUAGGUGCCCGGCCGUCUACUCUGGUCUCCACCAUAACCGGCGGCGCCGGCGCACUGAGCUGCAAGAAGGGUUCUCGUUGCUGAUCCCGCAAUAAUAAUCAUGAUCGUCGACAUCUAACACCGCCUUAUUGCUGAUUAAUUAGCUUAAUUAUAUAAUUAAGAUGCAUUGUUGAGUGGGGCAGUGGCUUUGGGCAUCUGCUGAGCCCUUCCCAAAACACCACAUUCGGACACGACAGUAGCUUGUGUAGGGCUACUCAUGAAAAUAAUUUAUUAUUUUCAUGAAUUUGUAAUUUUAUGCAGUCUUUUUAAUUUUGAUAAUCAAUUAGAUUUCAAUUGUCUCAAUUGAGUACAAUUUUAUA